GUCGUUCAACUUGCUCUCGUUCGUAUCAAAAUUAUACAGUUUACUUAUUUCUGAUAAAAAUCUAUAAUGUCACGCUUUAUGAGCUGUCUGCUGAGGAAGCUAAGGGUGCAGUCCAGAGACCAAGGAUCAUCUGAAAUAUAUCGCCAGUACUCAGAGAGCAAGUGCAAGAAACCGUGUCCCAUAGGACCCAAGCCGAGAAACAGUCGCGAUCCUCCGAACUGUUAUGAACCGGAACGUCUGGAAACGACAGCUUUUAAAGUGCCGCCCUUCAUAAAGCCCAAGAUAUUCAGACCAAUCCAGAGGAAGGAGAUACUUGGCCCCAAUGCGAGCAAAUGUGAAUGCUAUAAGAAUCCAGAGUAUUAUAGCUAUCAUCGUUAUUCGAUCUAUGAUCUAAAGGCAGCCACAAAUGCGGUGAAGGCGUGUAUUAAAUGCUGUGAAUAAAGCGUGACAUUAUUGACACACUUACUUUCGAGUAAGUCCAUGGUA